AUGGAUUCUUCGUUCUACAGUUACUCCUCAGACCAGUUCCUUCCCUUCAACGAAAACGAUUCAGAAGAGAUGAUUCUCUAUGGAAUGCUGAACGAGUCCUCUUACAGUGACGACUUGUCAAACCAGACAACGUCUUGUCCAGUUGACAAGAUUAGCUACAGAGGGGUACGUCCACGGCGUUGGGGAAAGUACGCAGCAGAAAUAAGGGAUUCCACAAGGAAUGGGGCAAGGGUUUGGUUGGGAACGUUUGAUACUGCUGAGGAAGCUGCUUUGGCUUAUGAUCAAGCUGCAUUUGUUGCCAGGGGUUCAAUGGCAGUUCUUAACUUUCCGAUAGAGACGGUUUAUGAGUCCCUUCGAGCAAUGGAUUACAGAUUUGAGGAAGGGAGUUCGCCUGUUUUGGCAUUGAAAAGGAGUCACGCCAUGAAGAGAAAAUCUGUGAUUAGAGAGAAUAAGAGGAAAGAGACGAAGUUGGAAGAUGAUAGUAGGAAUAUGGUGGUAUUAGAGGACUUGGGUGCUGAUUACUUGGAGGAGAUUUUGAGAUUGUCGGAGAGCUCUGGUUCUUGGUGA